ACUGGGCUUCCUCUCGUCAGCGAUUUGGUAGUGAGUGGAAACGCCACCCGAACGCUUCACAUUUAUACAUCCGGUGAAAUAUCUGGUUAAAUCUGUGGUACUUUAUCUUUGCUUACACUUCCUGGUACCAGGCGCAAGCGUACAACAGUAAAGAAUGCGGACUUCGUCGCACACUGGAUACUGAACUCGGGUAGGAAAGCUAUAAAGAGGAAAAUUAUGUCGAAAACACAUACACAGCCCCCGUCCUCGUCGGUGGCUACGACCACCGGUGGACCUUCCUCCUCAUCGUCCUCCUCGCCCGCAGGAGGCACGACGUCUCCCGCCAACGUCCUGCACGUACAGCCUGAGAAACCUCAACACUACACGUAUCUGAAGGAGUUCAGGACAGAACAGUGUCCUCUGUUUGUGCAGCACAAGUGUACCCAGCACCGACCCUUUGCCUGCUUCCAUUGGCACUUCCUGAACCAGCGGCGCCGCAGACCCAUCCGCAGGCGGGAUGGAACCUUCAACUACAGCCCAGACGUAUACUGUACCAAAUACGACGAGAGCACAGGCACCUGCCCUGAUGCGGACGAAUGUCCGUUGCUGCAUGGUACGGCAGGCGACACAGAGCGGAGGUAUCAUCUGAGGUACUAUAAGACGGGCUCCUGUAUCCACGAGACGGACGGGAAGGGCCACUGCGGUAAGAACGGCUCCCACUGCGCCUUCGCACACGGAUCACAUGACCUACGAUGUCCCGUCUACGACGUCAGGGAGGUGCAGGUGAUGGAGUCUCAGGGGGGGUCGGGGGCUGCAGAGGGAGGAGGAGGGGAUGGGCUGGUGGCUAGUACCGCCCUCAUUGAGAAGAUCUUGAGUGAGGAACCCCGUUGGCAGAAUAACAACUAUGUGUUGUCCCACUACAAGACAGAUCUAUGUAAAAAACCUCCUCGUCUGUGUCGCCAAGGUUACGCCUGUCCCUACUACCACAACAGCAAAGACAGGCGGCGUAGUCCACACAAACACAAAUACAGAGCGCUGCCGUGCCCAGCGGUAAAGCACAGUGAGGAGUGGGGAGACCCCAGUAAGUGUGAAGGUGAAGAGGGUUGCCAGUACUGCCACACACGCAGCGAGCAGCAGUUUCACCCUGAGAUUUAUAAAUCCACCAAGUGUAAUGACAUGCAGCAGUGUGGCAGCUGCCCCAGAGGCCCCUUCUGUGCCUUUGCACACCUAGACAACAAGCCCCCUAUCAGUGAAGAACCCUUGUUUCAGACCCCCAGCUCCCCACCAGGCCCACUGGACCUGGGAUGUUCCAGCCCUGGGGGCCGAGGUGGGAGGUCUGGGUCUCUGUCUGGAGGGCCGUUCACCCCGUUAGGGGGGUUGUGUGUGGCAGAGCAGGGCCUAUUAGGGAAGGUGCUGUCGCUGUGUGAGGACGUAUGUGUGGGAAGUGAACCCCUCUCCCCCUGGGCUAGAGAGGGGGGGUACGGUAGGGCACCGGGGUACGAGAGGGAAGACCAGGCCAAACAGAAGAGUUUUGCCAUGGAGCAACGCAACAGAGAAAUGGCGUACCAUCUCAGCAAACAGGACCUGCUGGUGUUCCUCCCAGUGGGUAGUCCUCUGAGUCUGUCCUCCAGUGUUCCCUCCAGCCUGGCAGCCACCCCUCCCAGCCCGGCCCCUCCAGGACCCCUCCACCACGGACCCCCAGCACCAGGCCUUUCCUCAGGCAUGAAUGCCAACGCACUGCCCUUCUACCCCACCAGCGACACCGUCGAGUCUGUAGUUGAGUCAGCUCUGGAUGACCUGGACCUGAAUGUCUUUGGGAUGUCUGCCCUGGAGAGAAGCCUGGACAGCAGCUCAGCUCUGCCCCGAGCCAUGCUGGGAGGGAACCAGCUCAAGAGUUCGGCUCCUGUCAACAUCCCAGGAUCCCUCUGCAGCUCCGCCCCUUUCAGCUCGCCCUCGCCCUCGCCACCAAUCAGAGCCCACCAGUCACCAUUCUUCUCCGCUCAUCUAUCGCAGCCUGGACAAUCAGAAAGCAGCUUCUUGGGGCCAUCUCAUAGCUCUCUAGGUCUGAAUGGUAUGAGCAGUAGUAUCUGGGAGCAUCAGUCAGGCCAGGGUUCUCCCGGUACACCGCCGGCCCUGCUACCCACCAUGGGCCAGAGCAUGGAGGCAGCCCGGGUCCGACAGGAACUAGACGAUGCUAACAGACUACUGAAACACUGGGACCACACCUGGAGACAUACAGCACAGGCGUGGGUGGCGUUGAAGUCGGAUGCGGAGGAGUCUCGUGGCUCGGCCGGUCGGUUAGCUUUACAAGCGGAGCGUGCCAGGCAGGAUGAGGAGGAGGCGCAGAGACAGACCUCCUUCCUCCAGGAGGCGCUGGACGGCAUGAGGACAGGAGAAAACCCCCACCUGGCCCUGCACCAGCUACAGCUGAUCCACAGACUGCCUGUAGAGUGUGUGGUCAGUCUGCAGGCCCAGCUCUGUACAUGUCUACACACCGUGGAGCAGGUGGUGUAUAGAAAGCAGAGGCAGUGUUGUGUGAUGUGUGGAGGGCAGGGCUCAGUCUCUCAGCCCUGUAGACACGGUCUGCAGUGUGACAGCUGCUCUGCAGAGUGCCCCCUCUGCCCAGAACAGACCCUGGAUCAGUUAUCCUGACCUAACUCCUCAACUAGCUACAGCUCGGCGGAUCCCCCAACACUGAUCUCAGACCAGCCCUAGUCACUUACUCAAAACAGCCCAGUUGACCCUAAAACUAAGUGACAGACUUUAGACCAGAUCCAAACCAGUUGUUCUAACGCUAUAGAGUAUAGGUAGAUACUCUGUUGUUUCUUUCCUCUGAUCCUAGAUCAGAUAUCCUCACCCAGAGACCAGCCUGCUGUCCCUAUAGUCAAAUGAUUCAAGAUCAGAAAUAUUUUACUCAAACACUGCCUGUGCAUAACAAAUGAUUCGGGAUCAGCUCUCCUCACUACAGACCUGACUUUCACCAUUACGAACUUAACCACACAACUGACUCCGAGUCAGUUAAGGGCACGCUUGACUUCUGUUCCAUGACGCUACAGCCUAAUGCCUCGAUCACACCGACAGCGUCAUUAAGUUUUGACACUCCAGAAGUACAUUGAUUUCCAAUGGAACGCUGUGUUUGCCUUGCAGCGACAGUUGCAGUGCGUUCUGUGUGACGCAUACAUUUUGAUUUAUCCAAUGUAUGUGUCAAACUGUAUGCAUAGAUGGUUUGACAGAAAUGGAAGCAGAAGGUGAAUGUUGAACUUUUGUUGUAUACAUAUCCAGAUGAUGCUGCCUACUAUUUUCCACAAUUACGCUGUCAGUGUGAUUGAGGCGUUAGGGACCACCGUUGAAGACUGCUGGGAGUACAAUUUCUUAGUUUUUACAGUUAAAAUAAAAACAUUUUCUAUUUUUCAUAGAAUUUUCAGGCUUUUUCUAGAGAAGUGAAGGCAAAGUCAGUGGUUAUUGUUUUGCUAACGAGACUUCUAGUCAGAGGAGGAAUAGGCAAGCAUCUCAAUCGUUUAAAAAGGCUUCUUCUCCCUUCGCACUCUGAAACUACAGGAAGGGAAUACGGUGGAGGUCUAUAAAGAAAUUACAGAUGAAGGAAUGACAGCCCUGUUUAGACUAUUUGGAUGCAGCAUUUUGUGUGUUACGAAUAGUCUCUGUACGUGACUGACUCUCAGGUUUGCUGUCUGUAAUAGUAUUCUUUAACUGGAAAGAUGGGGGCAUGUUAACACAAUCUUGAAAAAUAUACUAGUCAAUUGUGUAGUCUUUGAAAUGAUGUAUAUUAGUUAAUUUAAUAACAAGGUGCUUCAUGUUAACUCAAAUACCAUUUAGUUUCUGUCAAACAACCAGACUUUAAAAAAUAAAUAAAUCAAGGUAUCAUUUUGGGGGGGGGGGCAUAAUUUACAUUUCUAAGCAUUUUAACAUUUCACAGUAUUUCAAACGGGUGUCAAAUAUACAUUGUUUUUGUAUGUCAUAAUUACCCCUUGCACUGACCACACCAGCUAUCAGGUACCACCUCUGCUUUGGACGCAGCAGGGGUGUGUGUGCUUGUGUUGCUAUCCGGUGAAAAGACGUGAUCACUGUGAAGAACACCUGCACUAUACACAGACACACACCUGGCACACAGUCCAUCCCUUUACUGCAUCCACCAACUGUUUAAUUGAGUCUGUUUUGGUAUAGAACAAUAAAAUACAUGUCUAUUGUU